AUGAAGGUCUCCAGUCUCGUCUCCGUUGCUUCUCUCGCAGCAUUGAGCGCAGCGCAUUCGCAUAAUAAGAUCACUGCGUUGCUGCGUUUGCCCAACCACUCCUCCGUCGACGUUACGCCGCCGAGUCAAGAUCCGUGGUAUACAGCACCGGCUGGCUUCGAGCAUGCGGCACCGGGAACGAUCUUGCGGAUCCGUCCCGCGAGAGGAAACUUGACUACGAUCCAGGCGAACUCGAGCGCGGCGUACAAUAUUCUCUACCGAACGACCAAUAGUCGAUACUUGCCAGACUGGGCUGUCACGACGCUUUUCGUGCCGAACAACACAGUCUUCAACAGCAACGACAAGCUGCUCUCGUACCAGAUUCCGUACGACUCUGCAGACGUUGACGCGAGUCCUUCAUACUCGCUGUACAGUGCUGGAAUCGGAGACAUCACAUCCUCCCUCGGCAAGGGCUGGUUCGUGAACGUGCCAGACUACGAAGGCCCUACCGCCAGCUUCACCGCAGGCGUGGUAUCCGGCCACUCCACACUCGACUCGAUCCGCGCCGUUCUGUCCUCUGGCUUCGGUCUCGCACCGAAUGGAACAAAGUACGCAAUGUGGGGAUACUCCGGCGGAGCACUCGCGAGCGAAUGGGCAGCCGAAUUGCAAAACCAAUACGCACCCGAGUUGACCUUCGCAGGCGCAGCCCUCGGCGGUCUGACACCCAACGUGACGAGCGUGCUGGCCUCCGUAACAGGCAGCAUCGAAGCCGGCCUCAUCCCUGCCGGUAUUCUCGGUCUCGCAAGCCAGUACCCAGAACUGAUGCAAUGGCUCGGUGACAACCUGAACAUGGAGGGCCAAUACAACGCCUCCGAGUUCCUCGAGGCGAAGAACCAGACCCUGGUAGAAGCCAUCGGUGCCUUCGUGGGCCAGGACAUAACCAAAUACUUCAAGAAUGGCGUCGCCAGCCUCUACGAACGUGUGCCCCAGUACGUGAUCAACAGAGAUGGCCAGAUGGGAUACCACGGCGUCCCGCAGAUGCCUGUCUUCGCGUACAAGGCCAUCAUGGACGAAGUCAGCCCCGUCAACGACACCGACAAGUUAGUCGAUCGGUACUGCACCGUCGGAGCCACGAUUCGCUACGAUAGGAACACUGUAGGAUCGCACACGACCGAGUCGUCGAAUGGUGGUCCGAGGGCCGUGCAGUGGCUGGAGAGCGUCUUCAGUGGGAAGUACAACGUCACCGGAUGCCAGAUCCAGACCGUGACGGUGAACGUCUCGGCGAGUGCGGUGUAA